GCACGUGCAGGGAGACGCUCCUCACGUGACCGAGGCACGUCCAAUCAGGAUCGGCCUAACGUUCGAACGGCGGGGAGGGAGCCUUUCGCGCCGCGCAACUGAAAGGAACUUUUUCGGGGGGCAGAAAGUAGGGUAAACGAUAAUAAAAUAGAGGAAACAGUUACUUUGAUAGCUACAUUAGCGUUCGGUUCGAGUAUGUGUCUGUGUUUUAAAGCGAAGCCAGCGUUCGCUAGUUAGUAACUUCACGAAUUGAAAUUUCAGUGAACUGCUCUGUGUCUGUCGCUCGCUCACUCACUCACUUACUCACUGCAGCGUGCAGUUGUGGCGUUACGAACGUUGCCGAAAACUAUAAGCCUGGUGGUCUCUUAAGUUUCCAGCCGAAGUUGGUGUUGUUCCAGGCCGGGGCACUACUACUACGGAGUACCACAGCAUUAGCACUUUCGGUUGCUGGUCGUUUGUAGCUGAGGCGCCGUGUCGACAACGCUCCCUGACAGGAAAAGCUUCUUCCUUUGGGCCCGUUCGCCUCUUGUGACGUCAGUGGGCGGCUGCACGCGGGCGAUGGCAGAGGGCCGCACGACCACGUGGGAUGCCGAGUGUCCGCUGCUCGUGCCCCAGAACAGGGACAGGACCGUGUUUGACGGCUUCAUCACCGUGCAGGAAAUGGACUUCCGCUUAAGAAUCCUGCUCCCUGCGGGCCGGCAGCUUCGGCGUGCAAAGCUGCAUUGCUGCUGGCGAUUAAAACAGCUGCUGCGAGGAUAUCAGAAUGUAGUGAAGCAGAGGUUACAGCAUUCAUCUGAUCUUCUCACUUUUGUUUUGGAGCUUAAAACUAUCCUGGAGGUGGCUAUGAAGAGCAGGAUGGAGCGCCGGGCCCCUCUCCCGCCCCAGCACUACUCGACCCUGAUUUCAGAGCUGGAAAGUCUAGGAUGGGAUAAGCUGCUGUCCAUAGACACUCAAUUCAGUACACUGAAGCUGAGGGCAAAUGAUCGCUCGGGCAGACUGCAUGUCCUGACGGUGCACCUGAAGCCCAAGUACCCUACAGAAGCUCCAGAAUGUUCCGCUGACCUGCCAGUGCCAUUGAUCAUCACUUGGACACCACAGAGCAUUCUGGCUAGCAUUUACAAUCAGUUCCUGGCACUGCUGGAGUCUCUCGAGGAAUUCUGGGCUGUGCUGGAUGAGAUCGAUGAGAGAACCUGGGUUCUGGAACCAGAGAAACCAACUCGAGGGGAGACAGCUCGGAGGAUUGCCAUUGGAAACAACGUAUCUAUGAAGCUGAACGUUGAUCCUCAGCAUCCCCGGAUGCUCCCUGAAUGCCUCUUGCUUGGAGCAGAGCACUUGGUGACCCCCCUGAGGAAUAAGCUGAAUGCCAACAUGCAUUUGUGGAAUCCGGAAAGCAGCGUAUUGCAGAACAUGAAGGAGGUUCUGGAGAUCGAAUUCCCAUCCCCCACCACCCACGAAAAAUCUAGCUUUCUUGCCGAGUGCGGCAUCUGCUACUCUUACCGCCUGGAGUCCGCCAUCCCGGACCAAGUGUGUAACGACCCUCGCUGCGGCCAGCCCUUUCACCAGGAGUGUCUGUACGAGUGGCUGCGAGGGCUACCAUCGAGCCGCCAGAGCUUCAGCAUGGUGUUUGGGGAGUGUCCCUACUGCAGCAAGCCCAUUACAGUAAAAGUGGCCACACAGAAACCCUGAGUAUGGACCCUGCAGAGCAGUUUCCACAGUCUAGUGCCUCCUUUGCCCCCUCCUCACUGAGGUUUAAGAGUAAACAGCAAGGAGGAUGAGGAUGAGGAAGAGGACAGUGAUGAUGCUACUGUAUAGUUUCAAUCCCCAGUUUGAGUCCUGGCAUGUGGCAGGCCUCUCGCUGCAGGAGUACCUGGACUCAGGUAGGCUCUGCUUCUGGUGGUUCUCCUGUUCAGAGUCCUCAGUCCACCAGUCAUUAUCCUGAGCGUUGGCUAUUCGUUCUGCUUUGGCCCAUCUGACCCCACGUUUGGCCUGUGUUGUUUUAGCCUUCUAUGAGAAGGGUACAGAAAUGAAUGUAUGAUUUCACUUGUCU